CUCGCUGGGUCUUUCUGAGGCCUCUCUCAUAGAACCAAUUCUUAGGACAAAGCUCUGCAAAGAAUGCGAAAACUCACAUCUUCUCAAGAUAUGAGAAGCACAUCAUCACGGGCGCGUGCCCUACAGGAACUGCAGCUGCGCUGUAAGGCACUGAGCAACAACGAUAACGCUGGCUACCGCCAGGAAUUUAAGGGGCUGGAUAAUGUGGGGCAGGAAUUUACCAGCAGGGCUGGUGAUCUGGACGUCAACAAGAGAAAGAACAGAUAUCCCUUCAUUCUGCCUUAUGAUCACUGUAGGGUGAGGCUGGCCCUGCUGAGCUCCCAGCUGCACUCUGACUACAUCAACGCUAGCUAUGUUCCUGGUGGUUUCUCGAAGCGUGAUUUCAUCUGCACCCAAGGACCCCUUCAAAACACAGUGGCGGACUUCUGGCGUAUGGUGUGGGAGCAGAACGUGCGCGUUAUCGUCAUGGUGACCGUCUGCAUAGAAAAUGGCAGGGUGUUAUGUGAGCCAUACUGGCCUCAGGAGAGGAUUACAGUGAGUUAUGGAGGGGUACAGGUGACCACGUUGUACCAGCGUCGUGGCCCUGAUUCCCUCAUCACCACAAUGCACCUGCGCCAGAUGGGUAGUCCUGGGGAGAGGAGGAUAACUCAUUACUACUACCCAGCUUGGCCAGACAGGGGGGUUCCCCAUAACAUUGCUGCUUUCUCUGCCUUCACUGAGCUUUUGCGGCAGCACCUUGACAGCAUUCCACACAUUGGCCCUGCCAUUGUCCACUGCAGUGCAGGGGUGGGGCGCUCUGGAACCUUGGUGGCCCUGCUGUGGCUGAUGCAGCUGUGUGUGCGUGGCGUCCAGCCGAAUGUGAGAGCGGUGGUCCGUGACCUGCGCAAACACAGAGUGAUGAUGGUGCAGAACUUGGAACAAUACAUAUUUGUUCACAACUGUCUGAUGCACUGGCUGAGUGAAGAGACAACAGGACACAAACCACGGGAUGUGGACAGCCGGGGACCCAUUCCUCCUAAUAAAGUGAAGGAACCCCGUCGCCCUAACACAGAUGAACGUCCCACCACAGCUCAGAGGGGCAGGGGAGACCACGAAAGCCAGCGGCAGCAUUCCAAACAUAGGCCGACAACAGAGCCCAGUGGCAUGAGCAAACUGCAUCCUGGGAACCUCCUGCGCAAGCUGCUGCUGAUCUCAUCACCUUCACAGACAUGAAUCUCGGACUCUGUGCCAUUAUUCUGCAGACAGCUCCUCAAACCUGUGUAACCCGACACUAACAGUGUGGUGCUGGUGCUCUCACACAGCAGAUUCCUGAAAGCGGUCUAUCCAGUUCUUCUGGCUAAGGUGCGCCUCCCAGCACGAGUGUUAUGACUCUUUUGUUGUGGUAGUCAGUCAUGCAAAGUGCUGUCAGUACAAGACCAACAUGGUUUAUUGCCACUUUGCCAGCUGAAAGGAUGCUGAGGGUGGUCUUUACAUACUCAUCCAUCAGUAAACCAUCUGUAAAUACACAGAAGCAUUGCUGAAACAGGUGACAGCAGAUGGCAGCAGUACCACUGUUUCUGUGGCUUAAGGUUCAGAAAACCGUACUGAAUGUUCUCCAUGGACUUUUUUAAUGCGCACAAAACCUCUUUUCAGUAAAUAAAGGCAAAGUCAAUUAAGGACCCCACAGAUGAUUAUAGUACUAUUGGAUACACAUAAAAUGUUGUGAUAGCCCAGCUUAAAAGAAAAAGCGCAUGAAAGAACCAGUUUCUGCAGUGCAUUUAAAACACUGCCUGUUUAUGAUUUGUAAUUUGACAAUUUCUAAUUUGACAAUUUUUGCAAAAAUAAUAAAAUGAAUUCUGGUUUAUGCUUGCUUGGAAGUUUUGUCUGUACCAUUACUGUGACUUGGACAACAGGAGUUGUUUCUAUGCUAACAAUUUUUAAAAGAUGAGCAACAAAUUCCUUCUGGGAAGAUAUGAAUUGAGAGUCAUGCAGGAAGGCAUACUCACUCAAAAAACUUUCCAAUACAAUUCCUAUAAGAUUUUCUUGAGUCUGACUGCAAGAAUAAAGUUUAAUCUUCUUGCUUUGGGGAGGUCUUGAGUAUGGCUGUUCUGAACAUAACCUUGCUCAAUCUAUCCACAAUUCAUUUAAUAAUCUCAGUUCACAGAGAACUAUCGGCUAUUAGGUUUUGCAAAUUACAAGCACGUAACCCUCUACUGAAGAUGGAGAAACCGCGUAAUGUUCACUACUAAAACGGAUGCCGUUGUCUGCACGUGUGGGUGGGGCCAACUCCUAGUGGACAAAAGACAGUUCAGGGUUUGGAAACACCUCCCUACAACCACUGUAUGUAAGGCACCUCCCAAAAGUAGAAACAUUCACUUCAUACAGCUCAAAACAACAGGACCCAAAUCACUGGAUCCCGCAAGAAGGACACCUCUUCAACAUAGCCUGUUCUCGCCCCUCCCUCCCAUCAUAGUAAAGAAAAAGCACACACACACACACACGAAGGGACUCACUGUACAAAAGGCAUGUUUGAAAGCACGUGCGUCGCCAUUCUCCAUAAAUGACUACAAUACCAAUACAUACAAUAGAUAUAGAGAGAUGGAAAAUUAAAAACAAAACAAAAAAAGGGAAAA